AUGCGAUGCGAUUGGAUGCAGCAGCUACUCACUUACCGCACACACCGCACCGCUCCGCAUGAGACCGCGCGCACACGCCUGCAUAUUCUCACCACGUCUUCUACCUUCCACCUUCCACCUUCCGCCCUCCGCCCCCUGUCCCCUCCCCUCCCCUCUCCUUCUGCCCUCUACAUCUACAUCUGCUUCCCCGCUCUCCAAGCCCCGCGCCACCUCCCGCCAUCCACCUCCCGCCAUCCACCAUCCACCAUCCACCAUCCACCAUCCACCAUCCACCAUCCACCAUCCACCAUCCACCAUCCACCAUCCCAUCACCCAUCACCCAAAACCCAAAACUCAAAAACCAACAUCCAACAAUCCAGCCCCGUCCACGCUCUCACGUCCAGUGUCCUCCGACCCGAGCCCCGCCCGCCCGCUACGCACAUACGCACAUACGCACAUACGCACAUACAUAUCUACCCGUACCCGUAUCCUUACCCGUACCCGUAUCCUUACCCGUACGUGCGCGUCCUCCGGCCUCACCACCGGCCCAUCGACCGCGAAUCGCAGACCGCGAGGCGUCGGGAACGCAGCAUCGCGCGGUCGCGUGUUUUUCUCUCCGUCGACUCGCCGCUGCGCGCGUCCCACGUCCCAAGCACCAAGCACCACGUCCCAAGCACCAAGCACGGUGCCGAGUAUGAAGUGCCGAGUGCGACGCGCCCUCGAUCGAGCCCCAUCGAGCCGCCGCCGCCGCACGCACGCACGAACGAACGAACGAACGAGCCAGCCAGCCAGCCAGCCAGCCAGCCAAUCGUCAAUCAGCCUCUGCGUCAUGCUUUCUGCGCUUUUCCGGCGCGCGAGGAGGGCUCGCGAGCCCUCGCGGCUCACGAGCGCCCAAGCUCAAGUCCGCACCGUCGUUCGAAGUAA